AUGUCUACACAUACUUAUAAGAAAUUUGAAGAUGUCGAGUCAGGUGCAAUUCCUGACAAGAUGACCAUUUUCCAAGAUUGUUUAAGAGCUUUCAAUGCUUCACCAGUUGAUGCUAAAAAAUCACGUACUUUAAUUGCAAGAUUAUUAAGAUUAUUAUAUAGUGGUGAAACUUUCCCAAAAACUGAAGCAACAACUUUAUUUUUUUCAAUUUCAAAAUUAUUUCAACAUAAAGAUUCAUCAUUAAGACAAAUUGUUUAUUUGGCUAUUAAAGAAUUAUCUGCAAUUUCAGAUGAUGUAUUAAUGGUUACUUCAUCAAUUAUGAAAGAUGUUCAAAAUGGUGAUAUCAUUUAUAAACCAAAUGCCAUUAGAACUUUAGCUAGAGUCCUUGAUGGAUCAACUGUUCAUGCUACUGAAAGAUUGAUGAAAACUGCUAUUGUUGAUAAACAUCCAUCUGUUUCAUCUGCUGCUUUAGUUAGUUCAUAUCAUCUGUUACCAGUUGCAAAAGAUGUUGUUAAAAGAUGGACAAAUGAAACUCAAGAAGCUGUCUUAGCAUUAAAAUCAUUCCCUUCAACUAAUGAAGUCUUUGUUAAUGAUUCUUUAAUCACUCAAUAUCAUGCUUUAAGUUUAUUAUAUACUUUAAGAAAUCAUGAUAAAAUGGCAUUAAGAAAAAUUAUUCAACAAUAUUCUAAAAAUUUAAGAAAUCCUUUAGCAAUUUGUCAAUUAAUUCGUUAUGUUAAUGAAAUUUUACAAAAUGAUUCUUCAUUAAUUUCAUCAUUUUUCCCAUUACUACAGGAUUGGUUAAAUGAUAGACAUCAUUCUGUUAAUUUAGAAGCUAUUAAAGUUGUUGUCUCAUUACCUGUUACAAAUGAACAAUUUGCAAGUGCUGUUUUAAGAUUACAAUUCUUAUUAACUGCUCCAAAAGUUGUUUCAAGAUUUGCUGCUGUUAGAAUUUUGAAUAGAUUAUCUUUGAAAAAUCCUGAAAGAAUUGUUGCUGUUAAUAAUGAAUUGGAAUCUUUAAUUAAUGAUCCAAAUAGAUCAAUUGCAACUUAUGCUAUUACAACUUUAUUGAAGACUGGUACUUCUGAUAACAUUGAAAGAUUAAUUAGUACAAUUUCUAAAUUUAUUAAUGAUAUUUCUGAUGAAUUUAAAAUCAUUAUUAUUGAUGCAAUUAAAACUCUAUCAUUAAAAUUCCCACAAAAUUAUAAAUCAAUGUUAUUAUUCCUUGUUGAUAUCUUAAAAGAUGAUGGUGGAUUUGAAUUUAAAAAUUCCAUUGUUGAAGCAUUAUUUGAUUUAAUUUAUUUUGUUCCAGAAUCUAGAGAUUUAGCAUUAGAAAAUUUAUGUGAAUUUAUUGAAGAUUGUGAAUUUACUGAAUUAAGUGUUAGAAUAUUAAACUUAUUAGGUAAUGAAGGUCCAAAAACUUCAAAUCCAACUUUAUAUAUUAGACAUAUUUAUAAUAGAGUUGUUUUAGAAAAUUCAAUUAUUAGAUCAGCUGCAGUUAUUUCAUUAUCAAAAUUUGCAUUAAUUGAUUCUACAAUUAAUAAAUCAAUUAAAAUUUUAUUACAAAGAAUUGUUAAUGAUGUUGAUGAUGAAGUUAGAGAUCGUGCUAUUAUUUCAUUAAAAUUCUUGGAAAAUUAUGAAGAAACUAAAUCACAAUCAAUUGUGGAAUUAACUAAACCAUCAUAUACUUAUGAUUUAUCAAUAUUAGAAAGUAAAUUACAAACUUAUAUUAGUGGAGAUCAAUCAAAUUUUGUUACACCAUUUGAUAUUACAUCAAUUCCAAAAAUUUCUGAAGAUGAAUUGAAAAUUAUACAAUUGAAAAAUAAAACUAAUAAAGUUGAAGAAGAAUCAAAAUCAAGAAAUGCAAUUAAAGCAGAUGUUGAUGAUAAAAUUAAUCAAACACAUCUUGAAGAUGAUCAAAAUGCAGAAUUAUCUAAACAACAUUAUAUUCAAGAAUUAAACAAUAUUGAAGAAUUCCAAAAUUAUGGUUCAGUUUUACAUUCAUCAUCAAUUUUACCAUUAACUGAAAAAGAAACUGAAUUUAUUGUUGAAGUUGUUAAACAUAUUUUUGAAGAACAUAUAGUUUUACAAUAUAAUAUUGAAAAUACAUUAGAAGAUUCAUUAUUAGAAAUGGUUUCAGUUGUUUCACAACCUGAAUCCGAGGAAUUAGUUGAAGAAUUCAUUUUAUCAAUUGAUAAAUUACCACCACAUGGUAAAGGUACAGUUUAUGUUUCAUUUACAAGACCUGAAUCAACAAAAUUAAUCACCACUGAUUUUACAAAUACUUUAUCAUUUACAUCAAAAGAAUGUGAUCCAAAUACUUUUGAACCAUUUGAUGAUGCUGGAUUUGAAGAUGAAUAUCAAAUUGAAGAUUUAUCAUUAACACCAGGAGAUUUUAUUUUACCAUCAUAUGUUGGUAAUUUUGAUUUAGCAUUUGAUGAAUUAAUUAAUGAAAGUAUAGGUACUUUCCAAUUAUCAAGUAAUUCAAUUCAAGAAACUAUUGAUUCAUUAAUUGAAGUAUUAUCAUUAGGUGCAAUUGAAGGUGGUCAAGUUAUUAAUGAAAGUUCACAUUCAUUAAAAUUAUUUGGUAAAACUAUUAAUGGUGAUAGAAUUGGUGCUUUUAUUAAAUUUGUUAAAAGUGCUAAAACUGGUGUUACUUUAAAAGCUAUCGUUAAAGCUGAUGAUGAAGAAUUAGCUGAAACUGUAUUGAAUGGUAUUGCUUAG